CCCCACGCGCACUCCGUUUCAGAUUCACACGAGGGGCACUAAGCAAGAGCAGCAGCGCCCCUUUCUCCUCCGCCCCAGCUAGGCAGGAGGGCGGGGCGCCAAGGUGGGCAGAGGAGAAGAGCCCGGCGGGCUAGGCGGUGCGGGGAGGUAGCCCGGAGCGGCUGAGCCCAUUAUCCCCCCCGGCGCCGGGAGGGAGGCCGUGGCGGCGCCGCCCUCUGGAGAGAGAGCCGGCGAGAGGCUGGUGCGAGGAGCAGCAUCCCAGGGAGGGACGGGCUAAUGCAAAUCGCCGCGAUCAGCCGCAGACAGGAGAAGAAAGGCGAGGCAGCUGCAGCCCAGCCUCACCCGCAGCACCGGCCAGCCGGGGGGGCCAGAAGACACAUAACAAAAGGCGUCCAAGCCGCUCCUCGCGGCCACGCUUGCCAUCAAAGCAGGGUGGGGGGGGGGACUGUUGAGCUGAGCUCUUUCCGCGGAAACCCGGCACCCCCUUCACAACCAACCCACCUACUUAGGUUGGGGGCAGAGGCGCUUCCAGUCUCCCCCCCUCUCCCCGCGAAAUAGAUUUACCGUCAAAGAUGUCCUUUGGAAGAGACAUGGAGCUGGAACAUUUUGAUGAGCGUGAUAAAGCACAGCGAUAUGGCAGAGGGUCACGGGUAAAUGGUCUGCCUAGCCCUACCCACAGUGCCCACUGCAGCUUUUACCGAACCCGCACUCUACAAACCCUCAGUUCUGAGAAAAAAGCCAAGAAAGUUCGUUUCUAUCGCAAUGGAGACCGGUAUUUCAAAGGGAUUGUCUAUGCCAUCUCCCCCGACCGGUUUAGAUCUUUUGAGGCCCUGUUGGCUGAUCUGACCCGAACUCUGUCUGAUAACGUGAAUCUGCCCCAGGGCGUGAGAACAAUCUACACCAUUGAUGGUGCCAAGAAGAUUUCCACCUUGGACCAGCUAGUGGAAGGGGAGAGCUAUGUGUGUGGUUCAAUAGAACCUUUCAAAAAACUGGAGUACACCAAGAAUGUAAACCCAAAUUGGUCAGUGAAUGUUAAGACAACAUCCACUUCCCGUACGGUGCCGUCUCUUGCCACUGCCAAAGGAAGUCCUUCAGAUGCAAGAGAAAAUAAAGAUUUCAUCAGGCCUAAACUGGUCACCAUCAUCAGGAGUGGUGUGAAACCACGUAAAGCAGUCCGGAUUCUGCUUAAUAAGAAGACCGCACAUUCAUUUGAACAGGUUCUUACUGAUAUAACUGAUGCCAUCAAGCUGGAUUCGGGAGUGGUUAAACGCCUGUACACACUUGAUGGAAAACAGGUGAUCUGCCUUCAGGAUUUCUUUGGUGAUGAUGACAUUUUUAUUGCAUGUGGACCAGAAAAGUUCCGAUACCAGGAUGAUUUCUUGCUAGAUGAAAGUGAAUGUCGGGUAGUGAAAUCUACUUCCUAUACCAAAAUAGCUUCAACAUCACGUAGGAGCACCACUAAGAGCCCAGGUCCAUCUAGACGCAGCAAGUCUCCUGCCUCUACCAGCUCAGUUAAUGGAACCCCUGGUAGCCAGCUUUCUACUCCCCGGUCUGGGAAGUCUCCAAGCCCAUCUCCUACCAGCCCAGGAAGCCUGCGAAAACAGAGGAGCUCCCAACACAGUGGCUCCUCUACCUCAUUAGCAUCCACCAAAGUUUGCAGCUCCAUGGAUGAAAAUGAUGGACCUGGAGAAGAAGUGUUGGAGGAAGGCUUCCAGGUUCCAGCAUCAAUAGCAGAAAGAUAUAAAGUUGGAAGGACUAUAGGAGAUGGAAAUUUUGCUAUUGUAAAGGAGUGUAUAGAAAGGUCAACUGGUAGAGAAUAUGCUCUGAAAAUCAUAAAGAAAAGUAAAUGUAGAGGAAAAGAGCACAUGAUCCAGAAUGAGGUAUCUAUUUUAAGAAGGGUCAAACAUCCCAAUAUUGUUCUUCUGAUUGAGGAGAUGGACAUGCCAACUGAGUUGUACCUUGUCAUGGAGCUUGUAAAGGGAGGAGACCUUUUUGAUGCCAUUACCUCCACUAACAAAUACACAGAGCGGGAUGCCAGUGGGAUGCUGUACAAUCUGGCCAGUGCCAUCAAAUACCUCCAUAGCUUGAACAUUGUUCACAGGGAUAUCAAACCCGAGAAUCUACUGGUUUAUGAACACCAAGAUGGAAGCAAGUCUCUGAAGCUGGGAGACUUUGGGCUGGCAACAAUAGUGGAUGGACCUCUUUACACAGUCUGUGGGACCCCUACAUAUGUAGCUCCAGAAAUCAUUGCAGAAGCUGGAUAUGGCCUGAAGGUGGACAUCUGGGCAGCUGGUGUGAUUACUUAUAUCCUGCUGUGUGGCUUUCCUCCAUUCCGUGGAUGUGGAGAUGACCAGGAAGUGCUUUUUGAUCAGAUUUUGAUGGGCCAGGUGGAUUUCCCAUCUCCAUACUGGGAUAACGUUUCUGAUUCUGCAAAGGAACUUAUCACCAUGAUGCUUCAGGUAGAUGUAGAUCAGCGAUUCUCAGCCUUGCAAGUUCUCGAACAUCCAUGGGUUAAUGAUGAUGGCCUUCCAGAGAAUGAGCAUCAGCUUUCAGUAGCUGGGAAGAUAAAAAAGCAUUUCAACACAGGGCCUAAACCCAACAGCACAGCAGCUGGAGUUUCUGUCAUAACACUGGACCACGGGUUUACCAUCAAGAGAUCAGGGUCUUUGGACUACUACCAACAACCAGGAAUGUAUUGGAUAAGACCACCGCUCUUGAUAAGGAGAGGCAGGUUUUCCGACGAAGACGCAACCAGGAUGUGAGGGGACGAUAUAAGGCUCAGCAAGCUCCACCUGAACUCAACUCUGAAUCGGAAGACUAUUCACCAAGUUCAUCUGAGACUGUUCGCUCACCUAACUCACCCUUUUAAUAAAACACUUUUGCUCAAAGUCUUGGCUUAACCCUUUGAGAUUCUGAAAAUCCUUCAAACCUGUGUGAAACAGUUACAUCUGAUCUAUCUAGCACUAAUGCUCGAAUGAUGGAACAGAAAAGGGUGUUUACAGUAUCUUUGUAAUAAUAAUUUCUUAACUGACUGGAAUGAUACUUGUGCUCUGUCUAGAUUGUGACUUGCUGCUAAUAUGAUCCUCAAAGGGUUAAGACUAUUUUGCAUUUUUUUAAGAUAAGAGCAAUGAAUGUUUUCAUCAGUCAUGCUAGGACCUGCAGUUUGUAAUUUUAGCACAUGUUAACCCUCUGAGUGCAUAAUAAUCUUUAGCCUUGAUGGCCCACAGUAGGGCUUUAUUGUGAUGAAGUUUAUAGCACAUAUCUUUUCCCCCCAUCUCCUUAGUUCUUUCCCAAGUGUUCUGGCCAAAACAAUAUCCAAAUGCUACUCUAUUUGAGUGAUUGCAAAUCGGGGCUUUUUAAAAACCUUGUUUUAGAACAGUGUAUUCUAAGCUUCUAUGAUAUUCUACCACAGGCGGCUGACCAUUACUGGUAGGUACCAUACAGGAUAAAUGGAAAAUCGGUGGUAGGACCUCCUCAUAACAAUCUACCUGAGGUGAUACCAUAAAAAAUUGUUGCUUCCAUAUUAUUGGCUGCUAGUGGCUGUCGUGUAGUAGUGGCAGAGUCAUGAGAGGUGGGUGAAUGGCACAUUCUACCAUGCUUUGGUAUGUAAAGAUCUAAUUCUAAAACUUUUCCCUGCCACACACACAAGGAUGUACAGAUAGGGGAGAGCUAUUAGUUUCUCUAUAGCUUUUGGAUUUUGAAGAGGGAAUACUCCUCUCAACACAAUCAUGUUUUUUCAUAGAUACACUGUGAUUACUACCAGGAGAGAGUCUUUUAUGGGAGAGAAAGGAAAAAUCCAGCAUUAAAGGAAAGAGAAUUACCCUUACAAUAGUGACAUUAUUUAUAAAUUGGGGAAAAUACCUGGCAUGUUAACAUUUAAGAAAAGCCUUUGGGUGAAAUCCUGCUGUCCUCAUUGACAUCAAUGAGAAUUUUGUCUUAGAGCGGAAAAACUAAAAACUAUUCAUCUAGCAGAUCUGUGCUAUUAUAUACGGGGGAGGGGUGUGUGUGAAAAACACAUGUACAGGGUGUUAAACCUCAAGUCAGUGUGUUAGCAUUUCAUUUCAUCCGUGUACAAAGAAAAGCCAAUUUCACAGAGAAGUUAUACUUCACAAACUUUUGCUUCAAAUAGGAUCAUUUGCGUGAAAACAGUCCCAUAUUCACACAAACGUGGCACUAGUUGAGUGAAAAAUGACACAUUUCCAAAAUUUGAUUUUCCAAAUUAUAAAUAAAUAUAAGACCCGAGCAGAAAAUAUUAACUUUGAUGUUUCACGUGUUGGUUUUACAUUUUGGGGCUGUGCUCACAGAACUCCCAAUGAAAACCAUGGCAAUUCUGAAAGUGAGGGUCUUGUCGGAUCCAUCCUACUAUUGAUUUGCAUUCCUAAAGUACCAAUCCCUGGAGCCAGGUGCCAUCUUUUCCUGAAAUCUCAAAAGACUCACUGAAGGGCAUGUGUGUAAACAGAUUAGGUCAAUUCCCUUCUCUUCUCCACUCUCUUUAGAAUGUGCCCAUCUCUCGUUGUGUCCAGUAUAAGUAUUAUAUCAAACAUUUAACACAUUUUGAACCAAGGGAACCUCAUUUCAUGAGUUUUCAUUCAAGUGAUGGAAAACAUUGAUUAGAGUUCUUUGGUUUCAAUCUAUCCAUCUGAUCCCUGAUGUCUCUACAUAGCCCCAUUGACUUUAGUGGGAUGCUGCACAGAAGUGUAAGGGUCUCAAUCAGAUUACAGGAUUGAGGCCUUUAUUGGCAACGGAAGCAUUCCUUUAACCAGAGGAACACUGGUUAAAGUAUAAAAUUAGUUGUGCCCCAAGGAGAGAAACUCAGUAGGUUUCUGGGGAACUCCAUAGGGGUAAUGGGAUAAGUAGCUACAGCACAACUAAACUUCAGAGUUUGGAGUGUGCUUCCUGGCUAUUGUGCCCCCCCUGUCAAGGUUGGGGGGGAGGGCAAAAGAGCUAUAUAGUGGCAGAUCAUCUGACCAUGCACAGUUACCCCUAAAGAGACUGCACAAAGAGACUUCAUGGUAGGUAUGGAGUCAUCUUGGUGUCACCCCAUUCGGUAGCAGUACCAGUUCAAUUGUAUUACAUGCGUGUCCUCUACUCUAGUGGAAGAGUGGGUAGGACUUGGGCCACAGUGAAUCAAUAUUCAGGGUGUACUUUUACACAGGGCUAGACCUGUAGCUGGUGUAACUCAGUGUAGCUCCAUUGAAGUCAAUGCCGAUUUACAGCAACUAAUAUAAUCCCUCACCUUACAAUACAGCCUUCUCUUUAGAACAGAUGCAACUUGAUGCAACUAUAAAGAUAUUUAUUUAUAUGGCAAUCAAAAGUGUCCAUUAAUAACACAUGCUCUUUGACUAUCGGCAAAACGUUGGCAGUUUCAAAGGAACAAGGACAAUGUUCGUUCUUCUUAAUUAAAUAGAAUAGGGGAAAAAACAAGUAUAAAGCAAAUGCUUCGUCUCAUGAAUGUGUAGUGUCAGUUGAAAUCCAUUUGAGAUCUUCCUCUCACCUUUGCUUUUGUUUUAGACUCCAGGGCUAUCAUUAAAAUAAGAUGUUUGGCUCCAUCGUACACCAUAUUGUACCACUUAAAACCUGUAUAAAAAUAACCCAAGCCCCUGAAAUUUCCACUCAUCCCUUGCAAAUUUCUGAUCUUUGGCUCACAUUUUACUGACAUAGCUCCUAUAACAUUUUACAGUUACAUUCUUUAGGCCCCUUAGAGAAUGUGCACCAAAUUGUUGAAUGGGGCCUUUUCAUGGUUUCCAGAAAAACUAUUGGAAUAGUUUAACAGUUUUAAAAGAGAGGGUAUCCGGAUUAUAAAAUUAAGGUUUCAAAUAGUUACUGGUUGAUGCUUGUUUGCCAAAGAAAUACAAGGCCAAAUUUUGCCUCUAUUUACACCUUUGUAACCCCACUAAUUUCCUGGGUGUAACUGAGUCCAGAAGGUGUGACCCUUAGAAUAUCUAAACUUUCGUCAAGGAAACUGAACAGAUUACGGCUAAUGGACAGUUUCUAAUAUGAAUUCAAUUAAAAAUCUAAUAUGAGAGCAUAUAGCAUAGCAGGUUUCAGAGUAGUAGCCGUGUUAGUCUGUAUCCGCACAAAGAAAAGAAAAAGAAAUUUAUUAGUCUCUAAGGUGCCACUGGUACUCCUUUUCUUAUAGCACAGCAGUCAUUUUCCUGUAAACCAUCCAGUGUCUUCACUUUACACAUUAUAUUGGUGCUAAACAUUAAAAUACAACAAAAAAGAAAAUAUGCAUUGUAUUUACAGUCUGUAAAUGCACCACUUCAUUAUUUUUUAUGCAUGUUGCUAACUGACUCUGUCUUCUGGUGCAUUUACCUGCAGUAAACUAACUUCAUGGUAAAUGCAAUACUCAUAUGUGAUGGUGCCCUUCAAAUCUUUGUGCACUUUGAGUAUUGUGCUGAAUACAUUUAGAAUGUGUUUAUCAUGUGAAAAUGGAAAUCAGCAACCCCAUUAGAUAUAAUCUUAUUAGCAUUUAUCUACAAAAAGAUCCAGGAUAUUAUAGUUGUACUCAGAGGGUUAACAGAAAAGCACAAGGCAUGCUGAUUACAUUGGUGUAUCCAAACUGCUUUGCAUUUUUAGCCAGUGUUUGCUAAUUUUUCAGAAAAUUCUUGGAAAAUUUAAAGUUUAAAAUAAUUUAAGUGUUGUUGUUCAAGGAAUUUCUAUAACCAAAUUAAUCUUAUUUUUAGUUUAACUUGUCACAGGAAUAAUAUGUAUCAUUAAUGCAGUGUAAGUCUGUAGUUAUACAUUUUAUUAAUUUCACAAGUGAUUCCAGAAUUUCUUUUUAAGUACUUAAUAUAGAGCUUACAAUGGUGGCAUAGGUGACUGAGACUGUCUUUCUUUUUGGUAAACAAACAAUAUUGUAAUUUCAAGAGAGUCCUAAGAACCAGCUUUUCAGUUUGGUAGUGUACUAGUUAGGGAAAAGCGAUCUCAUUACAUGCAUUGUGUAAAUCUUUGUAGAUGAGAACUGUUCAUAUGAAUGAACACACUUUUUUUCUUGACAUUGUAGCAGAAACUGUUUACUUGUUGAUGAUCAACCAAUACAUUAAUUUGCUCAGACUGUUAAAGGGAAAAGUGAGACUCCAGUCAUUGAAAAUGUUAUUGCUUUACAUCUAAUUUAAAUGUGGUGCAUACUACAAUAAGCAAAGCCAAACCUGUGAAUAAACUACUCAAAAAGCUUG